AUGGCUUCCGCUAAAGAAUCAGCAGAGUUGCAGAAACUGGUAAGAAAGGAAUACUUCCAUCUGAAGAGGGUAAAAAAAGUCAAACAGGAAGAUAAGGUCAAAUCAGUUUGGGACAAAAACCAAAAAAGAGUGGAAGAAAUGAUCAUAGAAAGAGAGAAAAACAGAAGCAGCAAAAUCGUUUGGUCGGUCCAGAAAAAUCCCCCAAAGCCUUUGGUAACUGGGAAGAAAGCUUCAGUUGUAGACAUUAAAGGAGACAUCCAGCAUACACAUAUCACAACCAUCCAAGCGGUAGCCCCCCUGCCCAACUACUACACUUGGGCGCCCAUCCAACACAACUUCAUGAUGCAAGACGAGAAAGUGCUGUCCAACAUCCCCUACAUAGGGGACAAAAUCCAGACUCAGGACGAGAAAUUCCUCGGAGAGCUUCUUGGUAACUACGAGGGCAAAGUUCACGGAAGAGGCACGCCCGGUCUUAUCGACGACUCGAUGAUGGUCGAAUUGAUCGAUGCUUUGAUGAAGCGUCCGGAAAUUCUCGCCAAAACGAAAAACAAGGAUGCCAUGACUUUCAAGAGGAGGAGGGGGCGACCUAAGAAGAACGAGGAACGAUUUCCGCAUAUCAAAGUGUUUGAAGCCGUGUCACAGGUUUUUCCCGAGAAAGGCGACGCCGAUGACAUAAGGGACAAGUACAUAAAAUUAACAAAGAAGACUGACCCAAAUUGUCCACCCGAAUGUAUUGCCAACAUAGAUGGACCAAGCGCCAUAUCCGUUCCAAGGAACAGGACAAUGCACUCCUUCCACACCUUGUUUUGCCGGAGAUGCCUUCUAUACGACUGCUUUUUACACCGCCAAGAAAAUAGUCAUCAAGGACCAAAUCUGCAGAAGAGGAAAGGUCCCGAACUGCAAAUGUUUUCAGAACCGUGUGGAAAGGACUGCUAUAUGUUACUGAAUGAAGUCAAGGAGCAAAAGAGUGUCGGAAACCAAAUGGCCCAAAUUUUUAAAAUUAAUGAAAGAUGGAGACAUGCUUUUGAAGAAGAAUCAGGAUCUACAUGUUUGACAGAAAAUGCAAGAAGAAAUAGUAAUGAUUCUGGAAACGACACCAGCUCGGAAUCUAGCAAUGACAAGACUUCCAAAGAUGACUCCGUCAAUCUGAUAUCAACAAACACACGUUCAUUGAGCUUACUGCAAGGUGAUGAUAACAAAGGAUGGACUGGAUCUGAUGAGAGCCUUUACAGAACUUUGCACAGGUUAUUCUUAAAAAAUUAUUGCGCCAUAGCACAAAUGAUGCUCACCAAAACCUGCCAACAGGUUUACGAAUUUGCUCAAAAGGACGAACCGAACACGAUUACCGAGAACAUCUCGCCAGUGUCCAGUCCUCCUCGCAAGAAGAAGAAGCAACGCCUUUGGUCAAUGCAUUGCCGCAAGAUGAAGAAAGACUCCGGCAAAAAUCACUUAAACAACUAUACCCCUUGCAAUCAUCCAGAGCGAGGUUGUGAUCAAAAUUGCGGUUGUAUGGAAAGCCACAAUUUCUGCGAGAAGUUCUGUCUAUGCAGUCCUGAUUGUCAGAAUCGGUUUCCAGGUUGCUUGUGUAAGACCCAGUGCAACACCAAGCAAUGCCCUUGUUACUUAGCCGUCAGAGAAUGUGAUCCUGAUCUGUGCAAACCCUGUGGAGCGCACCAGUAUACAGUUGACAAGAUUACCUGCAAAAAUGUCUCGAUUCAACGUGGACUUCGCAAGCACCUGCUGUUAGGGGCUUCAGACGUGGCUGGUUGGGGCAUUUUUCUAAAAGAUGGCGCCCAGAAAAACGACUUUAUCUCCGAGUACUGCGGAGAGACCAUUUCUCAGGAAGAAGCCGAUAGAAGAGGCAAGGUUUACGACAAGACCAAGUGCAGUUACUUGUUCAAUUUGAACAGCGAUUUUGUGGUGGAUGCCACCAGAAAAGGUAACAAGAUUCGAUUCGCCAAUCACUCCGUCAAUCCCAAUUGCUACGCGAAGGUGGUGAUGGUAAAUGGGGAUCACAGGAUUGGGAUCUAUGCCAAGAGGUCCAUCGAACCUGGGGAAGAAAUUUUCUUUGACUACAGAUAUGGGCCAACAGAGCAGCUAAAAUUCGUUGGGAUCGAGCGAAGUUGUGACGUUUUAUAA